CGCUCUCUUCUGUCAGAUCGAUUUUUCCUUCCGCUAUCUCGCUCCAAUUUAUUUCAGAUUGUGCCGAAUGCAACACGUAGCGUUUCAAUGACUUCUAAUUUUUAAUUGUUUACGUGGAAUUUCUUUAGGUUUUUUUUUUUUUUUUUUGAUAAACAAUUCUAAACUCAUUUCUUAGACGAAGAACGGAUUCGUUCGUUUUUUCCCUUGGGUUUGUCACUUAACCUCCAUUUCGAAUUUGCGUUGAAUUGCAUUGGAAUUGUUCAUCGAAUAAUAGGGAAUGAGUUCUGAUGCGUUGCUGUCAGUACCAAUGAUAAAUUGAAGCAACGUUGAGUGCGAUCUGUAUGUGUAGAUAAAAGUAUAAGCUUCACAAUGUGGUCCUUCUUCUCGAGAGAUCCUGCCAAGGAUUUCCCAUACGACAUUGGAGAGCCUAUUUCUGGUUUGGAUAACAAAAGCAUUUGGACAAUACAUAGGGCUAAAAGAAAGGGCACUACAACGGGUGAAGAUGUUUCAGUUUUUGUCUUUGAUGUUAAAAAUGGUGGGGAACAGCAACUGGAUAUUGCUCGUUCGGCUGUAAAAAGACUCAAGACACUCAGACAUCCAAGCAUACUUGCAUAUCUUGAUAGUCUCGAAACUGACAAAAUGGUUUACUUAGCCACAGAGCGUGUAGAACCGUUAUUUAAUCGCUUGACACAAAAAUGUAAUUCGGAAAAUGAGUCUAAGAAAGAAUUGUACUACUCCUGGGGCAUAUUUCAAAUCACAAGGGCACUUAACUUCUUAAAUAACGACGGAAAUUUACGGCACAAUAAUGUCAAUCUGUGGACAGUGUUUGUUAAUGAAGAGAGCGGUGAAUGGAAACUCGGUGGGGUUGAAUACAUGACAGCUGUGGACAUGCCAUACAAUUUCUUACCUUCUAAUUUCCAAGUGUAUCAACCACCAGAGGCUAAAGAAAGUUCAAAGCCCGCAACUAAAUGUUCAGUUGACAUGUGGGGACUUGGUUGUUUGAUAUGGGAAACAUACAAUGGCACCCUCAACUCCACUUCGCAACUUAAAAUUACAGGUCAAAUUCCGAAGCAAAUAACGACAGUAUAUCGAGAAUUAACGGGAGCUAAUCCAGAAGGAAGACCAAAUCCCGCAGAUGUGAUAGCGCGUUGUCGCAGUAACGGCGGUUUUUUUAAGAACAAUCUUGUUGAUGCCCUUUUAUUUUUAGAGGAGAUCCAGAUGAAGGAAAGAGGAGAGAAAGGACGAUUCUUCUCGCAGUUGGCGACACAAUUGGAUUCGUUUCCCGAUGGCGUUGGCAGGUACAAGAUUCUGCCGCAAUUACUGGCUGCUUUUGAAUUUGGAGAUGCUGGAAGUGCCGUAUUACCGCCGUUACUGCAACUGGGUUCUCAAUUACCAGACGUCGAGUAUCAGCGUCGAGUAGUGCCCUGUGUCGUUAAAUUAUUUGCAUCGAAUGACAGAGCGACGAGAUUACGAUUGCUGCAACAAUUGGACCGAUUCGUCGACCACUUGCAAUCAGCUACCGUUAAUGAAGCCAUUUUUCCUCAGGUAGCAAGGGGUUUCCUCGAUACAAACCCGGCAAUCAGGGAAGAAACGAUAAGAUCGGUCGUACAUUUAGCACCAAAGUUAGAUUAUAAUAAUCUUAAUGUCGAGACUUUAAGAUACUUUGCGAAACUUCAGUCGAAAGACGAACAAGGCGGUAUUCGCACAAAUACCACAGUUUGCCUUGGAAAAAUUGCUCAACAUCUUCACCCUCAGAUAAGGCAGAAGGUAUUAAUUGGCGCGUUUAUUCGUGGAACUCGCGAUUCUUUUCCUCCGGCCAGAAUUGCGAGUAUACUAGCUCUAGCUGCGACGCAGCAAUAUUUUCUUCUGCAAGAAGUCGCAAAUCGCAUUCUACCGGCUCUGUGUCCGCUUACCACGGAUGUGGACAAAGGUGUACGAGACAAUGCGUUCCGUAUCAUUCGAGGUUUUUUAUCAAAGCUUGAGACAGUCUCUGAAGAUCCUGGUCUUCGCGAAUCAAUGGAGGCGGAUGUGAAUACUGCAACACCUAGUCUCAGCAAUGCCGCGGCGACAUGGGCCGGAUGGGCCGUUACGGCAGUCACAGCAAAAUUCUAUCGUAGUCAAUCAGAUACACCAAAAUCAUCAAAUGCUCAUAGCACAUCUAGAAUCUUGUUAAAUAAACCUGCUUCCUUAGAACAAGCUAGCAGCUCCCAGAGUAGCGCUAGCACUACUGCCACGACGAGCAGCGCGACAAGCAUGACUUCCCUCGAUCCUGAUCACGAGCACGAUACACAAAACACUCAAAAUACAAAUUCCGAUUGCGAUUGGGAUUGUUGGGAUGCUGAUAAUUGGGGAGAUAUGGAGCAGCAAUCCACCGCUAUACCAUCGGUGCCAUUGAAUCCAGCCAGUAGUAUAUCACCGUCCGGCCACUCCCCUAAGGCUAAUGAACAGUGGACCAGCCUUGAGGAAGAACCGGAAGAAGAAACAACCCAAGGUGUUCAAGACAAAAAUGAUUCUUCCGAAGUUGGAUGGGAAGAUUCGGAGUUUCAGUCUCUCGAAGAUGUUCAGCCCUUAGAGCAACCAAGCGUUCCUAGUGGAAACAAUAAAUACGAAGAAGCCAGAAGGAAGAGAGAAGAACGCAAAUUGGCCAGGCAAAGGCAGAUGGAGGCGAAACGAGCAGUGAAAUUACGAGCUAAUCCAGCUGCGAAGAAGAUUUAAGUGAAUCAAAUAAAUGCGCCGUAUGUUAAUCAUUCUAUUGUACAUUAAGUAAAUUAAAUAUUACAAGUAAUAUGAUGAAAGUAUUUUCUGUAAAUC